AACCUUGUAUAAAAGGAGGCCAAAACCCUAGCCCUCAUCAGAUUCGUCGCCGCGGCAGCAGAAGUUCACAUUUGCAAAUCUUCAAGAUAGCAAAAUGUCGAUCAGCGAAAUCGCUUGCUCCUAUGCUGCUUUGAUUCUUCACGACGAUGGCAUCCCUGUCACGGCGGAGAAAAUCGCGAAACUGGUGGAUGCCGCUAACGUGACCGUGGAAUCUUACUGGCCGGGUCUCUUUGCUAAGCUUUGUGAGAAGCGGAACAUUGAGGAUCUUAUCACGAACGUCGGGUCUGGUGGUGGUGGUGGUGCCGCAGUCGCGGUUGCAGCACCUUCCGGAGGCGAUGCUGGUGGUGCAGCCGCUGCGGCUGCCCCUGCUGCCGAGGAGAAAAAGGAGGAGAAGGAGGAGAGUGACGACGACAUGGGCUUCAGCUUGUUUGAUUAGAGUGGUUUUACUUUUUUAAAAAGACUUCAUGUGAUGUUUUAAAGUUUUGAACUUGCAUUUAGUUAUUUCCUAUUUGGUUAAUGAAUACAUGAGCUAUGUUUAGAUGAUGGAUUCUUACGAACCUGCUGCUAAGCGGUUGUCUUAUCAACAUAUACCAUGUUGGCCUUGGUUAUUUAAUAUUUUCUCUGUUCUUUUUGAUGGCU